UCCAAGGGGUCAACGAUUCCAUCCAGAGACGCUGGAUUUCCGUGCUCUUCCCGCCGAUUGCUUCGCCGCCAUCAUCUCCUUAACCAGUCCUCUCGAUGCCUGCAGAUGGUCACUAGUUUCCCCCUUUUUCAACUCUGUCGCCAGUUCCGACGCCGUUUGGGUUAAGUUUUGCCGGCCGACUAUCAGAAUUUGGUUCCCGUAUCGCGCUUCGUUUCUCCCUUGAAGGACCUUUAUCUCAGCCUCUGCGAUCAUCCUGUGCUCAUUGAAAAUGGCAAAAAGAGCUUUUCACUGCACAAAAGGAGUGGGAAGAAAUGUUACAUGCUAGCUGCCAGGGGUGAUACUCCUCGUUAUUGGAGAUGGAACUCCAUAUGAGAUUCCAGGUUUCUCUCUCUCUCUCUCUGAACUCCAUACGAGAUUUCAGCUCUCUCUCACACACACACACAUGCAAACACCACACAGAAAAUGCAGACAAAGGCAUGCAUGACACAGUUUCACUCACACCCAACCAAAAGAAUUCAAGCAUUAGUUGAUUGUUUUUAAGUGUUUUCACCAACUAAAAAUGAAUAAAUAUGUGAAGAUUAAUGUCUAUAAUUCAUGCUUAAUUACAAACAAGUUCCCUGAGGGUGCGGAGCUUCUUGACAUUUAUUGGUUUGAAAUCAAUGGGAGGUUCAGUACUUGCAAGCUUUCUUCAAUGGCACAUUAUAAGGCAUACCCCGUGUUCAAGCUGGUAGUUAGAGUUUUUGGAUUUAGAAAUGAACCCAUAGAAGCCACUGUUCGACUUAGUAGAACUGAAGGUUUACAACGAACCAUGUUUCUGGAUGCAGAAGGUGAAGAUGUACAAAAUGAUUACGGAUACCCAAUAGAGAGGGGAGACAGUUGCUCAGAGCUAGAGUUGGGUGAAUUCUUCAAUGAAGGAGGUGAAGAUGACAAAUUGAAAGUAUGAAUUUUUCGUUUCAAUGGUCACUGGAAGAGCGGUGUCAUUAUUAAAGGCAUUGAAAUCUGGCCAAAUUAGCAGGACAUGACAAGAUUUUCUUCCACCCUAUGUAUUUAUGUGGGGGAAAAAAUUGCUCCUCCUGUUAGAUUGUGAGUGUCAUGCACUAGUCUUCAUACAUGUAUGAGUUCUACUGUUCUCUAGACGCAGUCUGAAUCUUUAUUUGAACAUUGUACGUAUAAUCUGUAGUGUUCAUAACUAGUUUUGAUUUGAUUUAGGGAAGAGCACUUUUAGGACUUAUUGAAGUCCGUGAGGACAAGCAUUUCAGGAAUACCUGAUUUUUUUGAGCUCAGAACGCAAGGUGAGUUCUAUAAACUAUAUCAAAUGUA